CAGCCUCCUCCCACCACAAGACCAACCCUCAAAAUGAAGUGCCUCGUGAAAACGGAGAUAGGUAUUUAAACGUUUAAGCAAUAGUAGUGGACUCACUAUUCAUAAACUCGGCAAAUUCUGUAACCUGACAUCUAACGUUGUUUUCCAAGGACGCGGAGGGGGUUUUCCAGGAAAGGAUACAUAUCGCAUCCAUUCGAACCACUGCAAGGCAAGCAAGCUACAAUUUACAACAAAGUUUACUUUGAGAUUCCUGGAUAUUCUGCAUGCAGGAGAUCCUGUGAGGUUUCUCUCUACUGACUGACUGUGUGGUGGAAGAAGGGUUGUCCUUGUGAAGAACCAGGAGGAAGGAAGGCCGUCCAGUGGAUACAUCCUGUCCUCUUCUGGAUAAGCUGUAGGCCAGUUCUACUACAGUAUAACUGCAGCAUUAUGAUGCCAGACAGACCCAUUUUACCCCUGUGUCUCCUGGCGUUCUGCUGCUCAGCAUUUGCAGGUCCGUUGUCUCGUAGCCCGUGUGAGCUGCUGCCAAUAGGUGUAGGCCACCCGGUGCAGGCUCUGCUGAAGAGCUUCACGGCCCUGUCAGGCUGUGCCUCCCGUGGAACCACGGGUCUACCACAGGAGGUUCACAUCAUCAACCUGAGGGGCAGCAGCCCUGAGGGGUCAAACGGCACACAUCCAGAGGUGGAGCUGAAUCUGAAGCCAAUCCAGUCCCUGCUGGUUCACCAGAAGCCCCUGGUGUUUGUGCUAAACUCCCCCCAGCCUGUGGUCUGGGACAUCAGGACAGAGAAACUAGCCCUUGGCAUUAAACACACCUUCCAUGUAUCUGGGGGAUCUGAUGUCCACUUCCCUCCAGGGAACUUCUCCCUCCACUGUCAUGUUCAGAAGGAGGUACUUCCCCAUGGCAACGAGCACCUCCUCAACUGGGCCACCAAGAAGUACAGAGCCGUUACCUCCUUCUCCGAACUCAAGAUUGCCCUGGACAUCUACAUCAAAGUGGGAGAAGACCCAGUGUUCUCCGAUACUUGCAAGAUCGACAACAAGUUCCUCUCUCUGAACUACCUUGCUGGCUACGUAGAGUCCCAGGCCUCUAAAGGCUGUGUCCUGUCUGGACCAGACCAGGACCAAGAGGUCCACAUCAUCGAGCUGCAAGCACCCAACUCUAGUAGUGCGUUCCAGGUGGAUGUGAUCGUUGAUCUGAGGCCGUUGGGGGCAGAUGUUCUGUUGCCUCGUGACAUCGUGCUGCUGCUGAAGUGUCAGAAGUCUGUCAACUGGGUCAUCAAGGCUCACAGCAUCAGCGGGAAACUGAAUGUAGUGACGCCAGAUACCAUCAGUCUGAGCCCCAACACAGAGAGGCUGAUGGAGGUGUCUAGGACCCCUAAGCACCACCUCCCGUCUGGUUCUCAGGCCCUGAUCAAGUGGGCAGAGGAUCAUGGUUACGGACCGGUCACCACCUACACCCACACACCUGUAGCUAACACCUUUAACCUCAGGCUCAGGGAGCCAGAACCCUCCAUCUUACGGGACACCAACCCCAUCCUCUCUGGUGGUCAGGGGGGUGCUGCCCCACACUCCAGUGGCCUGCCCUUCACCUUCCCUUUGCCCCCGCUCAUGGAGCAGGGCCUGCCCUACCUGUCCCUGCCCCCCUCCAUGGAUGACCAGCCUUGGCUGGGAGGGGAGCUGGGUGGGGAGCCAGAGGAGCAGCAGGGGACCCUCAGUGUUGGUCUCAGUGUUCAGUGUGAGGAGAGCAGGAUAGUGGUCUGCAUCGACCGAGGGAGUCUGCAGGCUAACGGUUACGCUAAUGUCAACCUGACUCUUCAAGACCCAGAAUGCAAAGCAACGGUCAACUCCACCCACUACACGUUAGUGACCCCAUUGGAGGGCUGUCAGACCACCAAGUACCCCAUGCACCCCGGUCCUAUGGUCCUCUACAUCAACUCAAUCCUGAUAAGUCACGAUGAGCCUAAGGAUGGGAGUGGUGUUCCCCUGGAUUACGAUGAUCUAGAGUCCGGAGACGUGACAUUCCCUGGGGAGACAGAGGCGCUGGAGAGGGCUGCUUUCCUGGAGCACACCACGGGGCCUGAUCACAGGUCCUCCAUUCUGUUCAACUGCACCUACAGGAAGAACCAGGACACUCUAGGAGGAUCAGGAUCAUUCCCUCGUAUUGCCCCGGCAGCAAAGGAACCGCUCAGCACCGACGUCAUGGUUAACAUGGAGCUGUACAACACCCAUCUCUUCCGUUCUCCGUCUACCCAGGCCUUCCAUACCGUCUCCAAAAAUAAACAGGUCUUCGUAGAGAUUGGAGCCUUCAAAGUCGACCCAGAUCUUGGCUUCAUGAUCCAGACCUGCUUCAUCUCUGCCAACUCAAACCCCAACAUCGCGUCAGACUAUACCCUGAUCGAGAAUAUCUGCCCUACAGACGACACCGUCAAAUACUACAGUCAGAGAGACCUACCUAUCUCCCACUCCCAGACCGACACGAAGAGGUUCAGCUUCACCUUCAACUCACACUUCAAUGAAUCGUUGCUCUUCCUGCACUGUGAAAUGUCCGUUUGCUCUAAGAGACCCCACAAUAACCAGGGACUGGCAAUGUGUAUCCAACCGGACGAGGCUUGUACGUCUGUCAACGGAGAGAUCAUCCUAGCCAUGAUGAUGAACACCAGGACUUCUACCAAGACCCUGGUGGUGGUAGAUGAACAUGACACAGAGGAGGAGGAACCUGUUCAUCCCACCCUCACGGCAUCACAAGACCCUGUUGACCCCCUAGGGGAAAACAUCUUGUUGGACACUCCAACCGUGGUUGGGAUCGCCUUCGCUGCAUUUGUGAUCGGUGCCCUGUUGACCGGAGCCCUGUGGUUCAUCUACUCUCAUACAGGUGAUACAGCUGGGCAACAGCAGCCCCUGAAGCCCCAACCCCCACCCUCAGAGAACAGCAGUGCGGCCCACAGUAUUGGCAGCACACAAAGCACGCCCUGUUCAAGCAGCAGUACAGCAUAGCCCAGAGGCCAGGCCAAGGCCAUUGGACUGGAGCCCGACGGGGAGCACCCUACCCCCCUGCAGGGCUACAGGAAGGGCUCCACGGGUCACAGGGAACUGGGUUUGUUGACACUUGUUUCCCCUCUGGAUGAAAGGAAUUAUUUUGGGUUGCUUUGUGAAAACAAAGAAGAAGGAUGAUUUACUAAAGAAGAAAAUAAGAAUAAAAGGAUUUAAAAAAAAGGAUUUUGUAAGAUACUAAAAAACAAUUCAAUUUAAUUCAAUUUAUUUCAGCACAAGUCAUUAAGGCUGUGGGACAGAACUGCUGUACUACAAGGACUGGUCUGAGAGCGAAACAGUACUAGGGUUGUUCCACCAAUUCAGUGCCUUUUGAGAAGUGUAACCUGGUCCAAAAAUAGUUGACAAUUUUAACAUUCUGUCAUAAAGAGCACAUGUUCAACAUCAUAAAACACACAUUUUCUAAUCUCAGGAGGUUGAAUGUAAAAAAUGACUAUAGUAAAUGCCAAAUAAAGUAACAGGAUUGACCGUACCAGGGUUGACGAUUUCAUCCUAAUCAGACAAAAAUUCCCUUCCUUGCCAGGGGGAAUGGAAGUUUGUUGUGCGCAACAGGGAGUGACAAUUGAAUGCAAAAUAUUGAAAUUGUCAAAACAUUUCUAGACUCUCUAUCUAUCGGUAACACGAUUGAAGUGUUAUGCUCGACCCGCUUAGUUUUCCACCACAAAACACCAAAAAUAUCCAAAAAGAGUAGAACCAGCUCACCUGCUUUUCACUGUGAUUUACUUAUUGGAUGUUCAAUGUUUCUUUUGAAAAAAAUAUUUUAAAAGGAAUAGUUUUACCACAUUACUACGAGAGUUGAGUUCAUGUAACAGGGUUGACCAUAAAAUGAGGGACAGACGUACUGUACCAGUCAAAAGUUUGGACACACCUACUCAUUCAAGGGUUUUUCUUUAUUUUUUACUAUUUUCAACAUUGUAGAAUACUAGUGAAUACAUCAAAACUAUGAAAUAACACUCAUGGAAUCAUGCUGUAAUCAAAAAAGUGUUAAACAAAUAAAAAUGUAUUUUAUAUUUGAGAUUCUUCAAAGUAGCCUCUCUUUACCUUGAUGGCGGUUUUGCAGUUUUUGGCAUUCUCUCAACCAGCUUCAAUUAACAGGUAUGCCUUGUUAAAAGUUCAUUUGUGGAAUUUCUUUCCUUCUUAAUGUGUUUGAGCCAAUCAGAUGUGUUGUUGUGACAAGGUACAGAAGACAGCCCUAUUUGGUAAAAGACCAAGUCCAUAUUAUGGCAAGAACAGUUCAGAAAAGCAAAGAGAAACAGCAGUCUAUCAUUACUUUAAGACAUAAAGGUCAGUCAAUGCAGAACAUCUCAAGAACUUUGAAAGUUCCUUCAAGUGCAGUUGCAAAAACCAUCAAGCGCUAUGAUGAAACUGGCUCUCAUGAGGACCACCACAGGAAAGGAAGACCUAGAGUUACUUCUGCUGCAGAGGAUUUGUUCAUUAGAGUUACCAGCCUCAGAAAUUGCAGCCCAAAUAAAUGCUUCACAGAGAUCAAGUAACAGACACAUCUCAACAUCAACUGUUCAGAGGAGACUGAGUGAAUUAGGCAUUCAUGGUCAAAUUGCUACAAAGAAACCACUACUAAAGGAUACCAAUAAUAAUAAGAGACUUUCUUGGGCCAAGAAACUCGAGCAAUGGAAAUUAGACUGGUGGAAAUUUGGUAUGAGUCCAAUUGUAAAAAAAAAAUGGUCUCAAUCGCUGUGUAUUUGUGAGACGCAGAGUAGGUGAACGGAUUAUCUCCACUUGUGUAGUUCCCACCGUGAAGCAUGGAGGAGGAGGUGUGAUGGUGUGAGGGUGCUUUACUGGUGACAGUGUCAGUGAUUUAUUUAGAAUUGAAGGCACACUUAACCAGCAUGGCUACCACAGCAUUCUGCAGCGAUACUCCAUUCCAUCUGGUUUGCGCUUAGUGGGACUAUCAUUUGUUUUUCAACAGGACACUGACCCAACACACCUCCAGGCUGUGUGAGGGCUAAUUGACCAAGAAAGAGAUUGAUGGAGUGCUGCAUGAGAUGACCUGGCCUCCACAAUCAUACGACCUCAACCCAAUUGAGAUGGUUUGGGAUGAGUUGGACCAAAGUGUUUAACACUUUUUUGGUUACAACAUGAUUCCAUAUGUGUUAUUUCUCAGUUUUGAUGUCUUCACUAUUUUUCUGCAAUGUAGAAAAUAGUGAAAAUAAAGAAAAACCAUUGAAUGAGUAGGUGUGUCCAAACUUUUGACUGGUACUGUAUAUGAAUUCUUAAUCACCUGAAAUAUAUAAUAAUCUAUAGAAAUUAGUUUAGCAAAGUAAUACAAUAACUAGGGCUUUACAAUGAUGGUUAAAACUUAGAGAAAUGUUGUGGUUAAGUGGGUUAAAAUCUUCCUAGAAGUGACACAGAGUUGACGGAGGGACAUGUCAAAAUGCUAAUCUUUAUUUAUUUUAUUCAAACUAAAAAGCUGAUUUAUUGAAUUCUGCAUGUGGUCUAUAUUAAAGGGCUGUUCAUUAAAUAUAACAGGCUUUUAAAAUUCUAUAUUGGUGUACAAUUUCUACUUAAAAUAUCAAAGGGACGCAAAUGGCACUCAUUUCGUGGAACGACCCUCUAAUACCCAGAACGGCAACAAGGCCUCACUAUAGCGCACUAGAACUCUAGCUACGGGCAAAAAAUAACUGUUAGUGAAAUACCAGCCUUUUUAUUUAUUUUUAUAUAAAUGCUGCUUUUUUUCGGCAACCACAUCAGAUAAUUUUCUUUGGACCUUAAAUGGCCUAGUUUUGGCUGUAAACAAGCUAGUGUACACCAAUAGCAAUGGGAGACAGUAAAGCUGCCUGUCUGCAAACAACAGUGAGUGUUAGCAGGACUAGUGAAAUGAACAACAUGACUGUCAACAGAACUGCCUGUUACCUCCUAUCCUGUUACCUCCUAUCCACAUUAUAUGUACACUGAACAAAAAUAUGAACUCAACAUGCAACAAUUUCAAAGAUUUUACUGAGUUACAGUUCAUUUAAAGAAAUCAGUCGAUUGAAAUAAAUGCAUUAGGCAGUAGUAGUCUAUGGAUUUCACAUGACUGGGAAAACAGAUACCUUAAAAAAAUAUAUCACAAAACCAGUCAGUAUCUGGUGAGACCACCAUUUGCAGUGCGACGCAUCUCCUCGCAUAGAGUUUAUCAGGCUGUUGAUUGUGGCCUGUGAAAUGUUGUCCCACUCCUGUGCUGUGCGAAGUUGCUGGAUAUGGGCAGGAACUGAAACACGCGGUCGUACACGUUGAUCCAGAGCAUCCCAAACAUGUUCAGUGGGUGACAUGUCUGGUGAAUAUGCAUGGAAGAACUUGGACAUUUUCAGCUUCCAGGAUUUUUGUACAGAUCCUUGCGACAUGGGGCCGUGCAUCAUCAUGCUGCAACAUGAGGUGAUGGGGACGGAUAGAGUGCACAACAGUGGGCCUCAGGAUCUCAUCACGCAAUCUCUGUGCAUUCAAAUUGCCAUCGAUAAAAUGCAAUUGUGUUUGUUGUCCAUAACUUAUGCCUGCCCAUACCAUAACCUCACCACCACCAUGGAGCACUCUGUUCACAGCGUUGACGUCAGCAAACCGCUUGCCCACACGACGCCAUACAUUCUGUCUGCCAUCUGCUCGGUAAAAUUGAAACCGGGAAUAAUCUGUGAAGAGCACAUGCCUCCAGCAUGCCAGUGGCCAUUGAAGGUGAGCAUUUGCCCACUGAUGUCAGUUACGACGCCGAAGUGCAGUCAGGUCAAGAGCCUGGUGAGGAUGAUGAGCACGCAAAUGAGCUUACCUCAGACAGCUUCUGACAGUUUGUGCCAAAAUUCUUCGGUUGUGCAAAUCCACAGUUUCAUCAGCUGUCCGAGUGGCUGGUCUCAGACAAUCCCGCAGGUGAAGAAGUCUGAUGUGGAGGUCAUGGGUUGGCGUGGUUACAUGUGGUCUGAGGCCGGUUGGGCUUAUUGCCAAAUUCUCUAACGAGGUGGCUUAUGGUAGAGAAAUGAACAUUAAAUGAUCUGGCAACGGCUCUAGUGGACAUUCAUGCAGUGAGCAUGCCAAUUGCACGCUCCCUUAAAACUUGACAUAUCUGUGGCAUUGUGUUGUGUGAUAAAACUGCCCAUUUUAGAGUGGCCUUUUAUUGCCCCCAGCACUAGGUGCACCUAUGUAAUUGUCAUGCUGUUUAAUCAGCUUCUUGAUAUACCACACCUGUCAGGUGGAUGGAUUAUCUUGGCAAAGGAGAAAUGCUCACAAACAGGUAAACAAUAUGCAAAAAAAAUGUAGAGAAAUACAUUUUUUGUGCGUAUGGAUAUUUCUGGGAUCUUUUAUUUCAGUUCAUGAAACAUUGGACCUUCACUUUACAUGUUGCAUUUAUAUUUUUGUUCAGUAUAGAGAUGCUACCACCUAUCCUCAUGCUAUUUACAGUAGAUAGGAGAUGGUCAAAUCAACCAGUUGAAUAGGAGAGCAAAACCAGACAGUAAAGCAUCCCAUCAUGUGCUAUUAAUCACUUGGAAUGUGAAGUGACUUAAUAACAAGCAGAGGUGUAAAUAGAUAGAUAGCUAGAUGCCAAGACAAAUGUGAAAGACAAAAGUAAUGUGAACAAUCACUUGAUGAUAACCCUGUUUGUAAGCCAGCUAGUUUUGCAUGCUAUCGGUUAUAGUAGGACUUUGGCAACUCAUCCGUUUAAACGUACUGUUGUUACAAAAUUGUUAAUUAAGUAUCAAUGGUGUUUUUGUUGAUAUUGAGUUAUGUAUGCUUUGUAAUCCUUAGUCUCACGUUUGAUUGGUGUUACACAGCUUGGCAUUAGGCAUUAUGGGUUCUCUUGUACUAUAUACAAAUAGUAUUGUAAAGCUAUGUAUAUUUUUGUGAAUAUUGUAAAUAAUCUAAAAUGUUAUAAGGUGAAAGUCAAAAUAUAAUGUGCAAGGUUGGUGCUUUAGAAGCAUUCUAAAUAUCAUGUUGUUAAAUGAGAGGCUACGUUUGGCUGGCUACGUUUGGCUGGCUACGUUUGGCUGGCUACGUUUGGCUGGCUACGUUUGGCCAGUAUUCCCAAAUAUAUUAUAAUGUUUGUAUCCACUGUGAGGUAACUAAAAUGCUACAUGCUGUAGUGUUGGAUCAUAAAUAUACAGUAUUGUUAAAAGUGAACUUGGGGCACAGUAAUUGGGCAUUACAUUUAAAACAGAAAACAAUGUGUCUUUCUAUCUGGGUCUGACACCACUAGAACUUCAGCUGUUUGUAUUCUGAUUGUACAUAAUAAUAUUGUACACAAUUUCAUACCAAAAUGUGUAUCUUUUGUGAACCUGAUAAGGUUGAGAUUGUGUUAUGAAAAUAUAAGCCAAAAUAAUCAUUGGCUUAUUAUCAGUAGAUCUGACCCAGAUGAUGAAGUUUCAAAUGUAUUUUCUAUAUGUAAUAAAUAUAUUGCCAAUCUUACUCACCAGAGCUCUUGCAUCAAAAUGAAAUAGUUAAAGGCCCAGUGCAGUCAAAAACAUGAUUGUCCUGUGUUUUAUAUAUAUUUCCACCCUAUGAGUUUGAAACAAUACUGUGAAAUUGUGAAAAUUAUGAUAAUGCCCUUUUAGUGUAAGAACUGUUUGAAAAGACCACCUGAAAUUUCAGCCUGUUUUGUUGGGAUGGAGUUUUGUCCUGCCUGGUUAAUAGACCAAAAAUAAAGAGUUCCAAACCUCUCAGCCAAUAACAGACAAACAACUGUGUUGGGUUGUAUUGUGUUGCUUCAGUUGUAAUAUCAUGUGCCAUGCAAAGCUAAUGCAAAGUUAAUGCAAAGCCAAAAGAGUCUCACCGUCAUAGAAUCCAUGAAUGUUCUUUGGUGUGUCUUUACUUUUUGUGUUUGGGGGGUUUGAAUAGAAGUACAUGUUUUUUUAAUAGGAGAAAGGGGAUGUUUUUUGGAAGGAAAAUAUGUUUGGAAGAGAAAUAGAAAAUCCAAUACACUAGGAAAAUUGGCAUUAGACCCUACUUAUGUAUAAUGUAUUUUAAGUGUUGCUUGCUGCAGAUCCCGAUAGAGAAGGUAUGUUAUCUCAAUGCUUUGAGUCUUAGUUGUAUGUUAACAUGUAUAUAUGUCUCCACAGAGGUAAACAGAGUAUAAAUAUAUAGUUGUGUAUAGAAAAUAUAUAUAUUUUAAAGUAUUUACCUAGAGCCAAUCUAUUGUUGACUCUUUGAGUACUGUGAAUUUUUUGCUUUGUGUCCUUUCUAUUUUUUUGUAAAUAUGCAUAUAUUACUUUAUGUAUUUCUGUUUCUAUAAAUGUUGUAAAAAUAUUAGCAAUUAUCUUCAUAUGUGAUGUUUUAAUUAAAGAAAAAUCUCUCACUUA